AUGACCGACGAGUACGUGCGCGCGGACGGCGAAGUGUCCAGAGACAGGAACUUCAUCGUGCUGAACACGUCCAGAACCUGGCGACUGUUGUACAAUUGUAAUCCUUUCAACAGCUUCGCAGAAAGAGCCAUCUCGUGGAUCUUAGAAACCACAGCCGGUCUUUGGGAGCGUGGAAUUGUCGUUAGCAGUUUCAGAACGUCUACCGGAGUGCACCCGGAAAGCCCCGUGGUUUGGUGCAACCGGUCCACCACAGGAACCCAGUUUGCUCCGUCAGAAACUGUGAUAUGCUUGAUGGUUUCCGGGUCCAGUUUCGUUCGUAUAACUGGCGGAAGCUGGGUGUGUGGCUCGGCAUCGGGGAACAUCGAGAGUCCUUUGGCCUGGCCAGACGAGUCUCCUGGCCCCAGGGAAAGAGCAGGAUCGGCGUCGUUCGAGCUCAUCAGCGACUCGAACAGUAACUCGGCCUCCUCGUCCGCCACGUCCUGGCUCUCAUGCACCUGGAACUCGUCGGCUGCGGAUCUCUGGAUCUGCGUGUCCUUGUUCUGCUUGACUGUGUUUUCGACCUGCAUAGUGAACUGCUCCAGAUUUUUGAUCUGCUGGGUCAGCUGGGCCUCGAUUUUGGCCGCAGAAGACCGCGGCGUCUUGGGCCUGCGGUUGAACACCACUGUGCGCACAAAACAGAUCGGCAAAUGUGGCGCUCGUCUGCCGAAAACCGUUCUGCCUAGCAUGCUAUGA